AUGGGCGCCUCAAGCAGCACCGCAGUCGCCGCGGCGGAAGCAAAGGACCUGGACGAUGAGAUGGUGCUGAAUGAGCUCCACAUCGAGACGGGCGACCAGGCUGCGGUCAAGAACAUGCUGGACGACACGGUGGUGGAGUUUUUCAAGGGGAAAACGGAAUACGAGCUGCACUAUGGAUGGGACAAUGCCAAGCUGUUGCUCAUGCUGCUGGCGACGGUGCUGGCGGCCAUGUCGCACUUUUCCAAGCACCCGAGUAUUCCCGAGCACGUCAUCAUUUACUCUUGCGUGGUUGGCUUUUUCUUUAUCCAGGGGCUCUUGACCAUCUACGCCACUUUCAUUGAGAAGGACAUUCUGUUGCGGAUGACGCGAACGGACUUGGCAGGCAAGACCGUGCUCGUGCGGACGGCGUUCCCGUACACGGAAUCGCACUAUACCGUCAGCAUUCACUUUGCCGAUACGUCGGGCAAGCAGAAAAAGGAGGAGUUGUACGUUGGGCGUUACUUCGACAAGGACGGCUACUUCGACAAAGAGAGCUUCAUGAAGGACAUUGCGGCCGUUUCGUCACGCUUUGAGACGAAGGACAAGCAGCAGUAA